GAAUCGAAUCCCUACUCUCUCCUAAACUUGCACUUUCCAAUAUCUUUAAGAACCCACUUCACACCACAUCCAAACCUCUCUUUCCAAGUUCCAAUGGCUACUGCCUCCACUAACAUUACCCAUGAUUUUCCAGGCUUCUUCAAGGUAUUCGAAGAUGGCCAUAUUGAAAGAUAUAUGAACUCGGAUUUUUCUCCUCCAUGCCUGGAUCCUGAAACAGGUAUUGAAUCCAAAGAUGUUGUUAUCUCUGAAGAAACUGGCGUAAAGGCCCGUAUUUUCCUCCCAAAAAUUGCUGACCCCACCCGAAAACUUCCCCUCCUCGUCCACUAUCAUGGUGGUGGGUUUUGCGUCGGGUCAGCUCUUAGUACUCCAUUCAAAAGCUUUCUCUCUGCUUUAACUUCACAAGCCAAUGUCAUAUGUAUGUCCGUUGAAUAUAGACUUGCUCCUGAGCACAAAUUACCUAUUGCAUAUGAUGAUUCAUGGGCGGGGUUUCAAUGGGUCGCCAGCCACUCUAAUGGGAAAGGCCCCGAGCCAUGGAUAAAUGAACAUGCGGAUCUUGAUCGGGUGAUUUUGGCGGGUGAGAGUGCCGGAGCAAAUCUUGCCCACUACAUCGCCGUCCAAGCUGGUGCUACAGGAUUGGCUGGAGUGAAAAUAACUAGAUUACUUAUAGUGCAUCCAUAUUUUGGGUGUAAAGAGCCAGAUAAAUUUUACCAAUAUAUGUGCCCAACAAGUUCUGGUACAGAGGAUGACCCGAAACUGAACCCGAAAUCGGAUCCGAAUUUGAUGAAACUGAAGUGUGAUAAAGUGUUGGUUUGUGUGGCGGAGAAAGAUUUUUUAAAGAGUAGAGGGGAAGAUUAUUACGAAACAAUGAAGAAAUGUGAAUGGGGUGGCACUGUGGAGUUUUAUGAGACUAAAGAGGAAGAACACUGCUUCCAUUUCUUCAAUCCUAAGAGUAAGAAUAUUGAGAUUCUUAUGAAGAGAAUGGUUGAUUUCAUUAAACAAGAUUAAAGUUUUUGAUUUUUCUUUUUUGAGAAAAAAAGAUAAUAUUAAUUUUGAAGUUGAAAUUUGUUUUGUUUUGUUUUUGUCUUUGGGAUGGGAAAUUAUUAAGUGGAAUAUCUCCAAUUUUGGCUUUUGGUUAAUGGGAUAUCUCUAUUUUUUGUGGCAACAAAAAUGUUAUUCACAAUUGCUUUUCCUAUAAGCAAUAAAUGUAUUUCCUCUAUAUCAAGAGGAGAAAAAGAAAAUAUUUAUUAGUUUGGAAUGGAUUGACUGUUUGAAUUUGUUUUAGAUGAAAGGGGAAUUUUAUUGUAUUCAUGAAAAUAAAAUUCUCUUUCAAUCUUA